CAGCUCCGGGUCUGCAGCGCCCACAGAUCUCGGCCUCUGAGCUCAGCCAGGGACCAUGGGGAGGAAGAAAAUCCAGAUUUCGCGAAUUCUGGACCAAAGGAACCGGCAGGUGACCUUCACGAAGCGGAAGUUCGGGCUGAUGAAGAAGGCCUACGAACUGAGCGUGCUGUGCGACUGCGAGAUCGCGCUCAUCAUCUUCAACAGCGCGCACCGCCUCUUCCAGUACGCCAGCUCCGACAUGGACCGCGUGCUGCUGCGCUACACCGAGUACAGCGAGCCGCACGAGAGCCGCACCAACGCCGACAUCCUGCAGACAUUGAAGCGGAGGGGCCUGGAGGGCCCAGAGCUGGGGCCUGAUGAAGGGCCUGAGGGGGCAGGGGAGAAGCUGCCCAGGCCGGCCGGGGAUGGAGGGGACCCGGCCUUGCCCCGGCCCCGGCUCUACCCGGCGGCCCCCGCGAUGCCCGGCCCCGACGCGGUGUUCGGGGCGCUGCCCCCUCCGGGCUGCGAUCCCGGCGGGCUCGGGGAGGCGCUGCCGGCCCACGGCCGCCCGUCGCCCUUCCGACCCGCAGCCCCCAGAGCGGGGCCCCCAGGCCUGGGGCACCCUCUUUUCCCAUCCAGCCACCUGGGCGGCAAGACGCCGCCGCCCCUGUUCCUGGCGGCGGAGCGCAGGCCUGGGCCGCUGGGCCCCUCGGUGAGUGCGGGGAGCCCGGGCGGGGGGCGGAGGGGGGGGAGGGCCCUCUACAGCAGCCUGCAGAGCCCCGGCGCCGCCCCCGCGCCCGGACCCCCGCUGGGGGGCUUCCCGUUCCUCCCCGCGGGCCCGCCAGAGUACAGCCUGGGGGACCCCCCGCCGCCCCCCGGCCUGCUGCAGCCCCCCGCCCUGGCCGCCUGGCCGUCCUCGAGGCCCGAGGGCCCCGCCGCCGCCGCCCAGGCCAGCGGGGGCCGCGGCCCGGGCGAGGACGGCGCCCCGCCGCGCGGCUCCGCCGCCAGCCCCGCGGUCAGCGUCAAGUCCGAGCGGCUGUCGCCGGCGCCCGGGGCCCCCGGGGACUUCCCGCGGCCUUUCCCGUUCCCGCUGCUGCUGCCCGCGCCGCCCGCGCGCCGUCUGCCCGCCGCCUGGCCGCGGUAG